AUGCGCAAGCGGAAUGCCUGGCAUCUGAGAGGCCUGGGGAAGCUGCCCAACCACCCUGCCUACUUCCUCCCUUCCUCGCUCUUCCCCAACCCAGGGCCCCAGCACUCUCCUUCCAGCUCAGCUCCCUGGGAACCGUCAGUUGGGCCGAUCCCUGAACUUACGUUUCUGGACCUGAGUGUCUCCCUCCAGCCCUCGACAUGUUCUUCUACCAUCAUCACCUGUCAUGGAGCAGAGGUGGCUGUGGCUGCUGAUGACGCUCAGCAGGUGAAAGGCGCGGGAGUGGGGGAAGAGGAGGUCAAGGGUCGCGGGGUGGGGCCGGAAGUGUCAGGUGAGGUGGGACUGGAGACCCUGGUCUGCAGCACAGAGCGCUUCAGGACGCACGUGGCUCGGGAGGACGAGCUGCAGCGCUCGGUCUGGUGCCCGGAGCCCCCGAACCGCUCUCCCGAGCUGGGGCGGGACGGCGGCCCCGCGGUUGCUCCAAUCACCGCCCGGCCCGAGGAACGGGGCUGGGUUUCCAGUCCCCGCGGGGCCGGUGCUGCUUCCCGGCCGAGAGCGCGGGCGCCGAGGGGACCUACCCGGACCCUCUCGCCGGCCAUUGCGCCCCCGGGGCUCCUCGUACUGGCGUUCCGGGGGCUGCGGCUGCUGCCCAAGCCGGGACCCGCCGCUUGGGACGGCUGGCGGUGGCGGAACCUCUGCAUGUCCUUGGUGCACAGCCUGCUGUCGGGGAUCGCGGCGCUGCUUGGGCUGACCCUACACCCUUAGAUGGCCGCCGACCCCAUCCAGAGCCACCCGCGCUGGGCCCUGGUGCUGGUAGCGGUGUCUAUAGGUUAUUUCCUGGCCAAUGGAGCUGACCUGCUGUGGAACCAGCCCCUGGGCAAGACGUGGGAUCUCCUCUGUUAUCACUUGGUGGUAGUAAGCUGCCUCAGCACUGCUGUUCUGUCCAGCCAGUACAUGGGCUUCCCCAUGGUGUCUCUGCUGCUGGAGCUGAACUCUGCCUGCUUGCAACUGCGGAAGCUGCUGCUGCUGCUGCUGCUGCUGCUGCUUUCUCACCAGGCCCCGUCCCUGGCCUUCAGCAUGACCAGCUGGGCCUCCUUGGCCACCCUGGCCCUCUUCCACCUGGUGCCGCUGGGGUUGAUGAGUCUGUGGCUGCUCCAGCAGCGCCACUAGGUUCCUCUUGCUCUGGUCAUCCUGGGUGGAGUUGGGCUGGCCACUGUGGACGUCAUGAGCAUCCUAUUGGGUAUCCGCAUCCUCGUCAGUGACAUUCUGCGGUUUCAACCCCAUUCAUCCAUCCCCGGGCAUGAGAAAACCAGGAGGACCAGGACAUGUGGUGAUGAUGGACCCGUCACUAGGGACAGUUCCACUUUCAACCUGAAAGACUAGAGAGAAGCCAUGGCCGCUACCUGGGGGAGAUGAGGCCAGGGCCAGGGCCAGGAGAUGACAGUCUUCAGUGCAUAGUCCCCAUCAGGGUGAGGCCCACUGACUAUCAGCAUCUCAGUGCAUCUUCCCGCUAACUCACAUCCCUUCCCCUUCUUAGGAUCUAAGAAGAAAUGCUGAUGUUGGGCCAGGUGCGGUAGCUCACGCCUGUAAUCCCAGCACUGUGGGAGGCUGAGGCCGGCGGAUCACCUGAGGUCAGCAGAUCAAGACCAGCCUGGCCAACAUGGAGAAACCUUGUAUCUACUAAAAAUACAAAAAUUAUCUGGGCAAGGUGACUCACGCCUGUAAUCCCAGCACUUUGGGAGGCUGAGGUGGGCAGAUCACCUGAAGUCAGGAGUUCAAGACCAGCCUGGCCAAUAUGGUGAAACCCUGUCUCUGCUAAAAAUACAAAACUUAGCCAGGCAUGAUGGCUCGAGCGUGUAGUCCCAGCUACUCAGGAGGCUGAGGCAGGAGAAUGGCUUGAAACCAGGAGGCAGAGGUUGCAGGAGCCGAGACUGUACCACUGCACUCCAGCCUGGGCGAUAGAGCAAGACUCCAUCUCAAAAAAAAAUAAACUGAUGUUGGAUGGGUGGGAACCUGGGUUUGUGUUCACUGAAAUCCCUCAUCAGAUGAGGACCCUUUCCAGCAAAUAUACUCGAGAGGCACAGCUGGAGCUAUUAAUAAGGGGUGACAGGAGGCAUGAAGCUAGAAGAAACUGCCAGUGGAGACAGAAGCUCUUUGCUUUAGCCGAGGGACAGAUGAGGGAAGGCGAGGUCCUACUAGGACCAGUGAGAUCUGGUAUGGAGGGGCAGGGUCAGAGAGAAAACAGUCUCACCUAUAACUGAACUCUGGCAGUGGGAGGAAGGCACAGGUGAUACUAUCUGUAGCCAGCGGAGAUGGACGUGAUAGUUGACAAGAGACAGAACCUGGACCACAGCAAAUGCUGCUGAUACUUCUGGUUCUCAAACCAUGCUCCUGUUUGUUUGCUCUUUGAGAUGGAGUCUUGCUCUGUAGCCCAGGCUGGAGUGCAGUGGCGUGAUCUUGGCUCACUGCAACCUCCACCUCCUGGGUCCUGGUUCAAGCAAUUCUCCUACCUCAGCCUUCCAAGUAGCUGGGAUUACAGUCACGAACCACUGUGCCCAGCUAAUUUUUGUAUUUUUUAGUAGAGACAGGGUUUCACUGUGUUGGACAGUCUGCUUGUGAACUCCUGACCUCGUGAUCCGCCCGCCUUAGCCUCCCAAAGUGCUGGGAUUACAGGCGUGAGCCACCACACGCGGCUUUUUUUUUAUUUGACAGAGUCACUCUGUCGCCCAGGCUGUAGUGUAGUGCCCCAAUCUUGGCUCAUUGCAACCUCUGCCUCCCGAGUUCAACCUCUGCCUCCCAGGUCCUGCCUUAGCCUCCCAAGUAGCUGGGGAUUACAGGCACGUGCCACCAAGCCCAGCUAAUUUUUGUAUUUUUUAGUGGAGACGGUGUUUCGCUACGUUGCCCAGGCUGGUCUCGAACUCCUGACCUCAAGUGAUGCGCCUGCGUUGGUCUCCCAAAAUGCUGGGAUUACAGGCGUGAACGACUGCGCCUGGCCCACACUCCUGUUUUUCUACUUAACCCUGGUCCUACUGUGUCUAGCCUUUUAAUUUUUUUUUUUUUUUAGUAUCUUUUGACUUUUUUUUUUUUUUGAGACAAGUUCUCCCUUUGUAGCCCAAGAUGGAGUGCAAUGGCUUGAUUUCAGCUCACUGCAACCUCUGCCUCCCAGGCUCAAGCAAUUCUCCUGUCUCCCGCUUCAGCCUCCCAAGUAGCUGGUACUACAGGUGCAUGCCACUGCACCAGGCUAAUUUUUGUGGGUUUUUCUUUUUUUGAGAUGGAGUUUCACUCUUGUUGCCCAGACUGGAGUGCAGUGGCACGAUCUCAGCUCACUGCAACCUCCACCUCUUGGGUUCAAGCGAUUCUCCUGCCUCAGCCUCCCUAGUAGCUGGGACUACUGGUGAGUGCCACCAUGCCUGGCUAAUUUUUGCAUUUUUAGUAGAUUUUACCAUACUAGCCAGGCUGGUCUUGCACUACUGAACUCAGGUAAUCCGCCUGCCUUGGCCUCCCAAAGUGCUGGGAUUACAGGCGUAAGCAACUGUGCCUGGCCUCUUUUGACUUUUCAAAGAAAAUUCAGAUUCUUAGAGAAAUGAGCACAGGGUAGGUCUGUCUUAGUGCGGCGCUCAAGUACAGAGUCACAGAAAGAACUCCGAGCACCCACUCGGGUGCGCAGUAUAGAGCCUUCCCAGGCCCAGGCUUUUGUGGACAAAUGAGGUCAGAGGCAGAGCAUGUGAGGGAAGGCUCCCAUGCAGCUGCAGGAUGUUAAAGGUAUAGCUGGCCCUCUGGCUGGGUACGGUGGCUCAUGCCUGUCAGCCCAGCACUUUGGGAGGCUGAGGCAGGUGGAUCACAACGUCAAGAGAUCAAGACCAUCCUGGCCAACCUGGUGAAACCCCGUCUCUACUAAAAAUACAAAAAUUAGCUGAGUGUGGUGGCGAAUGCCUGUAAUCACCUGUAAUCCCAGCUACUUAAGAGGCUGAGGCAGGAGAAUCACUUGAACCUGGGAGGCGGAGGUUGCAGUGAGAUCAUGCCAUUGUACUCCAGCCUGGUGACAGAGCGAGACUUCGUCUCAAAACAAAAAACAAAAAGAACCAGAAAAAUAGAAAUAAAGGGCAACGAGAAGAGACCCCUAGAUGGAAGGCACAGAGGGUCUAGACAGUGACAUAGUAAGAGUGAGUGACAAGGAGGAACAGCCGGGCUCAGGAGUGAUGUAGGAAAUCGUGGCAGAUAGAUCAGAAGAGCAAGGGGAGAGGCAGAAACAGAAGAGGGGGGAUCAGUCUUGGGAGCAGAGAAGCUUCAGAAGGGCAGAAGGCUGAGGAGGCCGUCAGUGGGAAGAUUCACAGACAGAAGAGACCAGGAGAUAUGGGAACUGGGAGACAGGCAGAACGACAAAGGACAAACAGCUACAGUGCAAAACGCAGAGAUGGAGACUGACAGUAUCUGGUAGGCAGAGGCUGGUAGGAAGAUGAGGACAAGUCAGAAUCAGGGAUGUCACUAGAUGGAAAUGUAAGCAAAGGGGCUAACAAAGAAUCACAGAAAUAGGCCGGGCGUGGUGGCCCACGCCUAUAAUCCCAGCACUUUGGGAGGCCAAGGCGGGGCGGGUGGAACAUGAGGUCAAGAGAUCAAGACCAUCCUGGUCAACAAGGUGAAACCCCGCCUCUACUAAACAUACAAAAAAUUAGCUGGGCAUGGUGGUGCGCGCCUGUAGUCCCAGCUACUCGGGAGGCUGAGGCAGGAGAAUUGCUUGAACCCAGAAGGUGGAGGUUGUGGUGAGCCGAGAUCGUGCCAUUGCACUCCAGCCUGGGUAACAACAGUGAAACUCCCUCUCAAAAAAAAAAAAAAGAAUCACAGAAAUAAAAGGAGGAGAGCACAGAACAAUUAAUUAUAGAUCCAGGCCAGGCGUGGUGGCUCACGUCUGUAAUCCCAGCACUUUGGGAGGCUGAGGUAGGAGAUUGCACCACCGCACUCCAGCCUGGGAGACUGAGUGUGCCUUUGUCUAAAAAAUAAAAAAAUAAAAAAAAGCGAAACUCCAUCUCAAAAUAAAAGAAAAAACAAAUACAAAAAAAAAAAAAG